UGUGCGUUCAUAGGGACAUUUGUUAAUUUUUAUAGAAUUGUCAUCCAUCUUGAGCAGUCCUUUCUUGUUUCUGUUCUUUGGUCGUACACGUGACCAUUCAAGAUGUCGUCUCAUUUAAAUUGGAUGAUUAUUCGCAAUAACAAUGCCUUUCUUCUUAAAAAGCGUAAUAUCAGCAAACCAUUUUCCACGGAACCUAACAAUUUGACCAAUCUGAGUAGCUAUCGUUAUUCGGGUUUAAUUCAUAGGAAAAGCGUGGGUAUUGUUGACACUGCUGAUAAAAAAGGGUUUACAGUCGUUUAUAAAAAACCAAAGUCACUUAAAAAACCUGCAAAAUCCACUGUACGGUGUACAAUGAAAGCUGGAGCCCGCCGUUCUUUACAUAAAUUAAAAAGAUUGAUUACAAAGAACAAAUACCGUGUAGAUCUUUCCAAGGCUGCAUUACGUCGUGCCAGUGCUGUUCUGCGUUCCCAGAAGCCUUUACCUGCAAAGAAGACCCGUACAACUAAAAAGGCUGAUUAAUCUAUCUGUGUCCAGUGUACUUAUUUCCAUAAUUUUAUUGCAAAAAUAGGGAUAAACAUUUUUCAAUGAAAGAUUCGUCGGUUGCAUAUUAAAGAGCUAUUUUUUACAUAGAUCCAGUUGGAAAAUUGGACGUUUUGUGGAUAUUAUAAUAUCUUGAGGUACCCAGGUAUUACCCAAAAAGGAAAUGUACGAAAGCAUGGUUCUGAAUACAUUUAAUAUAAAAGUUCAAUGGACACACAUCUAAGUAGGUCAUAAAUCUCCUGCAAAUAAUGGUGUGCUUCAAAAUGGCAAUGUUUCAUUACAUGUAACUUUGUAACAUCGAAAUGAUGUUUUAAGAUAAAAUGAAGUUUCUAUCUUUCAA